UCAAACGUCCAAAUUUUAGGGUUUUUUUUAAAUGCUACGUUAUUUUGGCUCUUUUAAAAAAAAUCUUCCCUAUGUUAUAGAAAUUCCUUUUUUCCCAAUCCCCCCCAAACCCUUUUUUGAUGGAAUCUGUGGAUAUGUUAUUACUAAGGAAAUAGUUUUUGGUGUUUUUUAAAAAUCUUGUGCCUUCGUUUUGCAACAAAAAAAAUUGGGGGGUGGGGAAGACCUUUAUUAUUUCUUUUUCUUUUUUAUUUAAAACAGUCAUCCUCGACUGAAACCAAAUGUGAUCUAAAGGUUUUGCAAUUGCUUUGACAGACCGGCAACGCGAGAAGAUCUGUUAUUCCCUUAUCUGUUUUUGGGGCAUGUUUUCUGCAAUUCUUCUGUUACACUGAACAUUGAUUCCCCCUUCUCCCCCAUGUCUUUCAGUUAUAUUUUUCCCUGUUCCUAUAUAGAGGUGGAAAAUUCUAAAUAUAAAUUGUAAGAUUUUCAGUGGAUUUUUUGAAGGAUUUAAGAGAGACAGAGGAAACCCCCCCAACCCUUUAAGAGACUGGCAUAUGUUACAGAUUGCUUUGGCUCUUCCACCACCACCACCGCCGCCACCAACCCUCCUCCCCACUGCAUCCCUAUCAUUUCAGGCUGCUUGUGUUUGCUGCCUGGACACGGAUCCCGGAUUCUUCAUGAUUUGCGGACGACAUGCUCGUUUUUUAGCCGGGAAACCUUCUUCUCGUCCCGCAUGUUCAGGACCAAACGAUCGGUGCUCGUCCGGCGACUCUGGAGGAGCCGUGCGCCCGGCGGCGGGGAGGAAGAGGAAGGUGAGCCCGGUGAAACAGCAGCGGACAGCCGGGCGCAUGGCGCUGGAGGCGGCCGGGGCUGCUGCAUGGGCAAGUCGGGGAAAAUCAGCAAGGCUCACCUCGGCUCGGAGGCGGAAUUGAAAGCGCUGACCCACGCGGUCCUGAAGAGGCUGAAGGAGAAACAACUGGAGGUGCUCUUGCAAGCGGUGGAGUCCAGAGGGGGCGCGCGGACCUCCUGCCUCCUCCUGCCCGGCAAGGUGGACUCCAAGCUGGGUCAGCAUUGGUACUCUCUCCCUUUGCUGCUGUGUAAAGUAUUCAGGUGGCCAGAUCUCAGGCAUUGCUCGGAAGUGAAGCGGUUAUGUUGCUGUGAAUCUUAUGGAAAAACUCACCCGGAGCUGGUCUGCUGCAAUCCCCACCACCUCAGCAGGCUCUGUGAACUAGAGUCUCCCCCUCCACCCUACUCCAGAUAUCCAAUGGAUUUUCUCAAACCAACUGCAGAUUGUCCAGACUCUGUGCCUUCCUCCACUGAAACAGGGGGAACUAAUUGUCUAGCCCCUGGGGGGCUUUCAGAUUCCCAAGUUCUUCAGGGGCCAGGGGAUCGGUCACACUGGUGCGUGGUGGCAUACUGGGAAGAGAAAACGCGUGUGGGCCGGCUAUAUUCUGUCCAAGAGCCCUCCCUGGAUAUCUUCUAUGAUCUACCUCAGGGGAACGGCUUCUGUCUUGGACAGCUCAAUUCAGACAACAAAAGCCAGCUGGUGCAGAAAGUCCGCAGCAAAAUUGGCUAUGGCAUCCAGCUGACUAAGGAAGUGGACGGCGUGUGGGUAUACAACCGCAGUAGUUACCCUAUCUUUAUCAAGUCGGCCACACUGGACAACCCCGACUCCAGGACGUUGCUGGUUCACAAAGUUUUCCCAGGAUUUUCCAUCAAGGCUUUUGACUAUGAGAAGGCGUACAGCUUACAGAGGCCUAACGACCAUGAGUUCAUGCAGCAGCCAUGGACCGGAUUUACUGUUCAGAUCAGCUUUGUGAAAGGCUGGGGCCAGUGCUACACAAGACAGUUUAUCAGCAGUUGCCCAUGCUGGUUGGAGGUUAUUUUUAAUAACCGAUGACUUGAGACAGAGUGGACUCAUGACAUUAUAACUACUUUGCUGCUAAUAUUUCCUUCUGAGUGCUUGCUUUUCAUGCAAACUUUUUUGUUUGUUUGUUUUGUGUUUUGUGUUUUUUUUCCCCCUCGUCUGUUUUGAGAAAUAGCUUAUGGAAAGAUUUUUGCCUUGGUAUUUUGAUAAAUAUAUAUUUUUUUUAAUGUGUGAAUGACCAAUAACUCAGAAGGGGGAGGAGAAGAUGUCAGAGGGGAUUACAUAAAAUAAUCAUUUAAUGCCUCUGAAAUUAUUACCCUAAGCGAUUGGUGGAAUUCAGUCACACGCUGUUUGUUACAGCUCCUGCAUAAAAAGGGUUUGUACGUAUGUUUUUGACACAUCAGAGGUCUUCUGCUGCCAGACGUCUCGUCGUCCCCCUUGUCCUGCGGCGUGCGUGCACACACAGGGCCAUCUUGCUGCAGCUUCUGCCUAGAGCAGUGGCACAUGCCCGCUGCUACUUGUUGAAGCUCAGCACCUUCACUCCUGUGAUAGGAAGCCAAGUUCCCCCUCAGUGGCGACCACCCUGCAUUGUCCCUGACGCAGAAUAAAUGUAUGUGCCGGUGCACCCAGGAGGCAUCAGGAGCCAACGCAGCAAAGUAUCAUUCAGUCCUUGCUCCUCUUUUUUUUUUUCCCUUCUUCUUUCAUGUAUGCUUGUUGCUUUAUUUAAAGAUCACGUCUUGUCACUGUUAUGCCAACAGUCCAUGGUGGCAGCAUGGGUUUUGGAAGACGCAUGCCCACACUUUGAGUGCUUUUAUUGUUUUAUUGAUACUAUGAGGAAAAAAACCAUGCAUGGCCCAUGCUUUUCAAUUUGAGCUGAGAUGCAACCUUGAUGAGAAAACAUAAGCCUACAAAAAGAAAGCAAACAAACAACAACAAAAUGGGGGUGGGGGGGGGUGGGGAAUAUAUUCAUGAUCUUUGGUCCAUCAUAACCUGCUGUGAUCAGGUUAGAGCGGUACCAGUUGUAUCUAGAAAUGCAGUCGCUCUUUCAUUUCUUCUUGAAUUCAUACACUAGUAUGAUACUUUUACACUGUUCUUAGCUCAAUGAGCAUGUUUAGACCUUAACAUAAGCUAUUUUUCUAAAUAUAAAGGUUUAAAUGAACAAGAGAAGCAUUCUCAUUGGAACUUUAGCAUUGUAGUGCUUUGGAAAUAAAACAAAAGAAAAUUGAAAAAAAAAAGGACUCCUUAAAAAAAAACCUUGAGAUUUAUUAAAGAAAAAAAUGUAUUUUAUGUUAUAUAUAAAUAUAUUAUUACUUGUAAAUAUAAAGACGUUUUAUAAGCAUCAUUAUUUAUGUAUUGUGCAAUGUGUAUAAACGAGAAAAAUAAGAAAGAUGCACUUUGCUUUAAUAUAAAUGCAAAUAACAAAUGCCAAAUUAAAAAACAAAACAAAACACGAGAUUGGUGUUUUUUCUAUGGGUGUUAUCAUCCAGAUGAAUGUUUUUUCUAAAGGAGUUUAUGUUCCAUUAAAAAAUAAAAAUGUACACCUGAG